AUGCACACAAUUAAACAGGUCUCAAACUUUGAUCCAUCUGAUGUCUAUCAGAAGAUAAAGAAUCUGAAAAUCUUGCCAUCCAAUACAGACCUAAAAGCUUUCGGAAAUGAGACAAACUCUGUCGUUUUCUAUUGUGGACUUUCAGGACAUGCAAUGUUGUGUGAAAUUUUCAAGGUCGCCUCUCCUGAUCCCAAACAUGAGUAUUUAUGGAAGGUCCUUAUUUACAACAGUGGCGAUGAGUUAGAAUAUCACCCAUUGUACAUUGUUGGCCCAAAGGCAAAAUAUUCGCCAGUCGUAAUAUACGAAGGUAUUCCGAUUCUUAUCAAUGAAGCCUGGGUUAAGACUGCAAUGUACUUUUACCGAUAUACAAAGGAUAUAAAGAACUUCUAUCUCAGAUUGUUGGCCGAUUUUGAUCGGUCCAAUGCAACAUAUGACGUUUUUAUUUAUCGCCAAAGAACAGAAACAUCCGAUUUUUCAUCUUAUCACGCAUAUUUUACAUUUAAGCUCGAUGCUUAUAAUAAGAUUUUUGGUGUUGCAUCGUUAAGUGGCCUGCAGCAUUUUGCAUCUGAGAACUUUUCAAAUAUCAUUUCAAAAUCACAUCUCUCCAGAUAUAAGCUUUUCUUGGUGUUCCCAUCGAUUUUACUUCCUUUUUACAAAAUUAUGUACCAAAUAGCUAAUAUGUUUCCUUUCAAGUUUGUGRCUACGCUAGUAGUUUUAGCCCAAAGUUAUUUAACUGAAUGGGCGAUAAAGUUUUUCGCGUUGAUUCCAUUUAUAUCAAAAGAAACACGCGAAAGCAUUGGAAGCUUAAACCAACACACAUUGGCAUCUUAUACCAAUGUCUUGAACAACAUAGGAAAGUUUCACUUUUUAAGAUCCAAUGUCGAUCUUGCUGAUAAGAUGUUCGCAUAUCUAGUUGAAAUUGGCAACGGUAUGUUUGAAACGAAAGAACAUAUCUUUUUCAAAGAUCUAAAAGUAGCCUAUGACCAAUUCCAAAUUUUCAAAAACAAAAAUAGCUUUGACACCGUUCCUACACAAAUAGCAGAUAAUAGAGACAUAAGAGCCUCUUUUUCUUGUCCCGAUUGGACGCCUUUUUGGCUUGGGUCUCACGACAAGUUAUCCGUCAAUGAUACGUUUUACUGUGAGCUUCCCAAUUUCGAGUAUGCAGAUGGYGCUUAUGACCCUCUAAAUUUUACUGAAUUUUCAAAUUCAAUUUUCCAUUUUUUGAAUAAUGAACUCGCCUAUCAGCCAUGUUUUAUGGGAGAAAAGAUCCCUCUACUUUCGUAUCUGGACUCUCUGACAUUUCGGGUGACUCAAAUGGUCGAAACCUUUGAUUCAUCAAAUGUCGAAAAAAUGGGCUUUCUUUACGCAUUUUCGAUGAAAAUACUGGCUUUAUUGGAUUAUUCUGAAAAAAAAGAUAUUAUGAUGUACCAAAAGGCUCUCAUUUUGGUUGAGAUUUUCGAUACCUACAAAAAAAUAUACAGACGAUAUCUAAAGAGCUCUUUGAAUAACGAUGAAAAUAAGUUUAAGCUUAUCAAUACUUCAUUCUUUGCACAUUUAUCACCCGAAUUUCUAUAUUUAAAUGAAAUGGAUCUUCUGGGAAGGAACUUACCAAGGGAACACAAAGGUAUUUAUUUUGCCCCUAAGGAUCAAGAAAUUACCUCUAAACUAGUCUCUAUAUUGUUCAAAGACAGAAAAGAUCUUCCAAAGCCAGAUGAAAUGAAAAGUUUUUUAGAUCUCUAUCUGCUUGAUAGAGAGGACUACCUUGAAGAUUAUGAUCCACACCAUUUUAAAAGUAUAGCAUAUAUCUUAACAGUAAUUGGGAACCCUGUUAACAUUGAAAAUUCCAAUAAUACCGUGAUUCCAGAAACUUUCUUACUUGACCGACAUUAUUACAAUCUUUUACACAUGUUUUACAAGAUAUUGAAUAAGAAUCACAGCCCAUAUGUUUACAGGAUAAAUGCACCCUCGUAUUUCUAUACAACCGCUGAUGAUAGCGAAGAUUCCUUUAUACAACCAGGUGAUUACAAUAAUCUUAAAGAAAUUCAAUCAAUAUCGGGGAAAGAAAAACGGCCGCUGCGCUUGUUGAAUUUGGAAAAAAAAUUUGCGUCUGUUUUUUAUUUGUUGAAUCAUCUCCAAGAAGAUCAUGCUUUUAUUUUAUCUGAAGCUGGAAUGAAUAUCAUUUACCGCUUCAUCCUUCAACCAUCGACAUAUACCAAUGAUUAUGACACGAAACGGGCUCUACCUCUACUUAUCCAAUAUUUUUUGUCUCAAAAGAUGAAAAUACUCGGCGAGGUUUCGACAUAUAAAGAUGAUGACACUGAGCUGUUUAGGCUUUUGGCAAAUUACCAGGUCAUUCUCAAUCACUUGAUGUCCCUUCAAACAAUAAAGCCCAGUAUUGACGAUCUUGGCGAUCUUGAAAAGGUUUUUGUGGGGAAAUUUGAUGCAAUUUUUGCCUUUCUCAAGCUUAAUACGCUGAUACUUGGGGAAAAGUUUUCUAACCUGUCAAAUAGCCAUGACCUCUAUUUGUCGGUGAUAUCUAAUUUUGAACUCAUAAAAACAUUCUUUUUCAGGAACGAAAUUCAGUAUGUUCUCAAGAUGUAUUAUGACUAUUGGAAAUUUCCCUCCUCUAAAUCAAGAUGUGCAAAGGAAACAGACAAAGGAAUCCAAAAUUUGGUGAAUGGAAAUCUUCUGAUAGAUGGGGAACGUACAACCCUUCCAGGACUUCCAUUCCCAAACCACCCCUUGUGGAAGAUUAUGAAUGUCAAAGAAAACCGCAAUUCUAAUGUAGAAUAUUCUCUACAUAAACGUCGAUCUGAUAAUUCAAUAUUCUCCAUCCUCAAAUGCAAUUACAUAAAUGUUGUUUUGCAGGAAAACAAUGCAUUUUUAGUAAAGAAUGGUGAAGUGGAAGCCAAGCUUGUUUCUGGCGAGUUGAAGCUUUGUCAUUCACAUUUGGACCUCGAAAUUUCAUUCAACAGCAAAAUGGUAGGAUCAGAUCAUGCUCUCAUUGUAUUCGGAACGUGCUAUAAAUCGUGGUGGAAGUUGUGGAAUUGGUUGUGGAGUCACAGUGUUUUUUACAUUUUUGAUGCAGAUGGAUUUCUGUAUGGAAGGAUUUAUGGCAGAAAUACUCUGGUUUUGGAAAACUCGUCCAGAUUUGUGGGAAAUGUAUCAAGCCCACUUCCAUGCUCUUUUCGCAUAAAGUCGUUCUGCUCCUUCUCUUCGAUAUCGCAAUCGGUGCUUGGUGCUUUUUUAGCGCGUGGGGCGCUUUUUAACUUUGCAAUGGACUCGUACAUUUUCAUUCUAGAAAGUGAGGAUCAAUCGUUUUAUUUCUUCGACAGCCACAAUGGCACAGCAAAAGACUUUUACGUUAUGAAAGAGGGGCGCGACGACUAUUUCGCUGUUAUCAACGGCGAGAAAUUCAAGAUCCACCUUCCUGGUAGCAUCAAGGAAAAUUUCUUCGCUUCCUCCAACUUUCCAUUUCUAUUUGUGUCGAUUGAAAAAUAUUUUCAAAUUAUCAUUCCGGUGCCUCUGUCAAAGCCUGGAGAGUCAUACAACUUUACUUUUGUCAAGACCACGUGUAACGAUGAUCAUUUCAACAUUGAGGGCCAUGAUCGAGAGAUCGAACUUGCCAUCGUAUAUUGGCUUGUCUUUUUAAGAUACUAUGACCGCGCUAUGGAAUACGUUUCGUUGUAUUCGAGUGUUUCUUUGCAACUCACUGAGAUCGAAUUGGUUAUUUUGCGAAACAUCAUCGAAAUUAAAUACCGUGAUCUUGAGUAUCUUGUGAUAAAAACUUGGGCAAAGCAUCUUCUUGGUGAACAUGAAAUCUUUUUCAAAGGCUUUUUGGAUGAAACCAAUAGGAUUGAAAAUAUUACCGAGAUUGCGAAUUUGAUUUCCGUUAUCCCAUUCAAGUAUAAAAGGGUGCUUUUCUCUUUCCUUCCUAACAUCGGUGAAGAUAAAUAUUUUUGGGCAUAUUCUAAGAGGCUGGAAAUCGUUCGUAGCGAUCGAAAGUCGUCAAAAUUGAAACCAAAUAUCAAAAGACUCGACAAUGAUAUCGUAAAAAUUCACUCUGAAUCCUAUAAAGAUAUCUUUCUACAAUCAGAGCCAAUUGAUUGGAGUAAAUUUGAAUCUUUUCGCUUGCCGAGCUAUCUGCAUUUUCUAUACGACCUAGCCGGAUCAUCCAAAGAUUUAACUGAUUUUACGAGCAAAUUAAAUUCUCGUUAUCUCGAUUUUAUACGAUUUUAUCUUGAAAUAGAGAAAGAUAAGACAAAUUACGAAAUUAUUUGCUUAUUUCAUGUGAUCUUCAUGAUUUUCAACAAGCUCCCUGAUAAGAAAAAACUUGCAACUUUUUUUGCUCAAUUUAAAAACAAGAAGUUUCCUCGAAACCUGUUGAACAUUUAUGACGAAUCCGUGGAACUCAAGUCAUUUAUUCCUUAUGAGAAAUCGAUCAGCAUCUCCGCAAUACUCCCAUCGCGUCCUGAAGACUAUGAAAAUCUCCUAAAAAUAACCAUGCAAAGGAAUGCCCUUUCAUCUGUUUUGUUCAAGGCAAGUGCAAGCUUUACAUUGUUUAGUGAUGUUGCUUCAGUUGAACAGAAAUUGAAAUCAAUAGUGUCCACUGAUGAGCUUCUUUACGGGUUUCCCUUGAGAGCCUUGAAAGACCCCAGGCUUCUCGCCCAAAUACUGCUAUGCGGGUCGGUUGAAGAACUCCGGGCCUUUUUCAUUGUCAGUGCUGAAAAGACCCCAGAGUUGCUUGAUCUUUUGUGGUCCCAUUUCAUCAGAUUCUUUUAUUGCGAGUCUCGUCAUUUGAAAAAUACUAUUUUUUGCCAAACCUGUGUUCAGAAAAAAGAACCUUCUACUCAACAAAGCGGAGAUGUGCCUGAUCAACAAUUAGUGGUCACGGUUCAUCAAAAAGUUUUCAUUCUGAUCGAGUUUUUCACGGGAUUUCCUUUGUAUGAAGAACAAAAGGCCAUCAUAUCAAACAUUUUAAACGAAACGAUGCAUGGAAACUCGUAUGUCGUGCAACAAGGAAUGGCUGGCGGAAAGACUACGCGUUUCGGUCCCGCUGCCGCAAUCUUGGCAACGUCGAUUUUGAGGAAACUGCCGAUCUUCGUCUUUCCCAAUUCCAUCCUCAACCAGAACAUUUUGCAACUGCGGCAAUGGCUUUUUGACUUUUUCGGGAAAGGAGUUUUCGAGUUCAAAGCAGAACGAUCGCUUUAUGGGUACAGCGAGUCGUAUUUGCGCCAUCUUUACUAUCGCCUUACAAUGGCGCAUCAUCGUGGAGAUGCAUUCGUGUCUUCGAUAAACAGCAUCCAAUGUCUGUUGAAUGCUAUCAAGGAACUGUAUUUGCAAAACACGGACGCGUCAAAAAGGUCUUUUGUUUGGGUUGUGAGGAUCUUGUAUUUCAUCAAGUACUACUCGAUAUUUGUUGGCGACGAAGUGGAUGAAAUCAUAGAUCUUUCCAUUCUGUACAACUUUGACAUAAACGAGCCCGAUAAAAAGGACUGGGUGUUCAUUGAUUUGCUUAUUGAGUGCUUCCUGUCUUUGAGAGGAAAAAAGAUAUUCAAAUCGCAAACUGGAGAAGAUAUCACCAUUUUUGAGAUCAAAGAGCCUCUUACGCCAUCUACUACUGAGUCCUUCAAAAAUACGCUGAAAAAGGAGCUCAAUGAYAUCUUGUCAAAAACCAGCAAUGAAACUCGCACGUUGAUCGUUGAUCAUCUUUUUGUCAAUUGCUGGGAAAAAAUCCGAAAUGUGGGGUAUGGAGCAUCCAUGAAAUCCCCGCUUCCAUAUCCGAUCCCAUAUUCGAUGGCAAACACACCAAGGGAAGGCAGCAGCUUUGGAAACCAGAUGUUCAUCAUUGCCAUUUCGCUAAAGUUUUACUUUGAAAACGAGAUGAAAGAUCUCAGCGAACCUCCUCUGUUCUUUACUGAGGAGAAUAUUUAUUCUGCCCUCAGGAUCUAUUACAAGUCUAAAGAGCUGAAAAAAAUUAAGAGAACACAGAAACCAACCCAUUUGCAGUUCUUCAACCGGUUAAGGGACAAGAUAUAUCAAGAUGACGAAAAUUUCAAAAAGUUUUUCAAGGAGAUCGUAAUCGAGAGCCUCAAGACAUCGCCUCAUCAACUCGUAUCAUCUGCCAUCGAUGUCUUUUCAGGCUGUCUGUUCAUUGGAUACAGCGGCACCUUAUACAAUUUCAAGAACUUUGACCGGAUGCCCAAUCUUAAGAUCAAUGUGGACCAGUCUUCUGUGAUCGAGAAAAAAAUCUAUUACUCGUUUGCUUUUCCUCCUCCAAAUUGCUACACGAAAGAUUAUCCCGAAAUUUACGAUUAUGCUGCUGUCACCAAGGGGCUUGGCAUUCUCAAGGAUCAUCAAUUUAACACUUUGAUGGAUUUUAUUUUCAAAAAUAGCACGACAGCAUUGUUUGAUGUCGGCGCUCUUUUGAAGGAUUAUUCCAACUCCAAGGUAGCACAGGAUAUUUUGGCUUCAAAGAAAUACAAGUGCGUGGUCUAUUACGAUGACAAGCAAAAUGUGAUCGUUUAUCAAAUGGAAACCAGAAAAAUCGGGACAGAUUUGACUGUAGAGGGCCAAUUUUUGUUCCUUGAAGCCAAGUACGGUUUGAAAAACGAGGAUAUUUUCUUGUAUCUUGACCAGCCUCAUUGCUUUGGAACCAAUGUCGAUGUCAAUAAUUCAUCUGCAAUUUGCGUGGUUACUUUCUCGACGCUUGUGUACACGAAGAGCUUUUAUCAAGGACUCUUAAGAGCCCGAAAGCUGCUGAAUGGAAUAUCGGAUACGGCUCCGCUUACUCCUCCAGAUCUUCCACGCCAUCAAAUCAGGUUUUUUGUUUCUUCGUUUCUGAAAGAUGACCAAGCUAUGCUUUCAGCAUUGAGUCAGGAGGAGAGGGAAACGCUCUCAUCGAAACCCAAGAUUUUUCCAGAGGAUGUUCCGGGUGAUGAGAAGGUUACCUUGCAAAGAAUUUUUACUUCUGCGCAUUUGAACCAGUUCAGGAGGGAUCGUAAAGAGCAAAGUCUUUUACCCUGGCAACAUUUCUUUUCCACGGUUUCGAAGAUCCUUUGGUCACCCUCCAAUCCAGAAAGCAAUCAAAUUCCAAACUGGGACAAGCUUCUCAAGCCGAACAAUCGAAGAUUAAUUGAUGAGCUUAAAUGGAUCUUUUUUUGCGAGAGCAAGCCAAAGAAACAAAUUGAAGAAGUCUUUAAAGAUAGCGAGGUAGGGAGGACAUUUUUCCCCAAUUUUAACAUAUCUUUGAUUCCAUCCAUCUCCAAUACUCGUCCCACAUUGGAUAGAGAGACUGUUGUCCAAUCUACGCAAGAGCAGGAAUCUGUCCAAGAGCAGGAACAGAUUCAUGAAAAACUGGAAGACAUAAAUGUACUCCCUGCAUACUCUUCACAUUUCGGAAUAUCCAAUGCUGUACUUGAUAGUUUAAGGGUGAAUUUUACAAAAGACUUUGCAAAAACCGCUGUUGGUCCCCUCAAUUUAAACGAUACAUACACGAAAUAUCCGGUGUUUGUUGAUAUUUUCAAAGGAAAAAAACUAUUCGCCACACCGAACGAUGUUUCUGAAAAGCUCAAAGAUCCAUCUCACUUCUUCUUCUCGCCCGCACUAAUUAACAUCUAUGAUCUGAAAGAAUUCGACUUGGAAGACAUGCUUCACUAUCUGGCAUACUCUGGCGGUGCCGUUGGUUUUAUGGAUCUUCUAGAUAGCUGUACAAAGGCUGAUGAAGAUUUUAUUUUUAGCUUUAUGGCAGCUCAUCAACUGAUCUUGCAGGAAUGGAUAUAUUUUGCAAGGAAAUUCAAAAGGCCAUCUUCAUUGGAACUAUUGAGAAAUGUACAAUGGCAGUUCAAACGUGGUGGCACCAAGUACGAUUUCACAAACGUUGCUAUCAAAGCAAGUAUCGUUGGAAGAAACCUAACCAUCCUCGGCAUUUGUCCAAAGGACUCCAAAAAACCCUUGAAUCUGGAUAAGCUUAAUUUUAAGUUGCCUUUUGAUAAUGAGAAAAAUUGCAAGGCAAUCAAGGUUUAG